AGUGGGUUUGUGACAGUCUGAUCCUCCAUCGAAGGAGUUCUGCUGACCGUGGAAAGAUCAAGAAACUGAAAAAUUGACCAAGACCCAACAAACAGCUGUGCAGCCAUGGACAGAUGGAUCGAUGGACGGGCAAAUGAAUGGGCACAGUUCAUUUACACAAUGACACUCAAUAUCUGUACUGCACAGCGUCAAAUUGUGGGAUAGUUGGUGAAUAACGGUUUGAAGAAAGUGGUCAUGACCUAACUGGGACAUUAUCCUGGAAUUUGCAUGGAGGAAUUAAGGAAAAUCAUCAUUCAAGAUAGCUGAGAUUUGACGUUAGCACCUCCAAAAUACAGGUCGAAGAGUGCUACUGCAGCCCAACUUCACUUAGUAAAGCAUAGAGACCACAUAGUAUCAGAAAAAUUGAAGGAGAUGAUCAUACCAGUGAAGUUGGUGCAAGUGGUAACAUAUGUGAUUGUAUUUGGAACAGCUCAGUUUAAAUCUUGACCAGGACACUGAUUAUGCUGAUGUUCACUGCUUGACACAAUACCAACAUGGUGGCUAUAGAUGUGGAAAGUAUAGCAACAGAUGACAGUGUUGUCAUAUCUGGCUUCAGUGGCCGAUUUCCCAUGUCUGACAAUAUUGAUGAGCUCAGAGAGAACCUGUUCAGCAUGGCAGAUUUGGUGCAGCCAAUGGAAGAUCACAAAUGGACAAAUGGGAAGCUUCAUGUACCACUGCGUGUGGGGCAGAUCAACAAGAAGGAAAAGUUUGAUGCAGGUUUCUUUGGUAUCCACCGCAGACAGAGUACCGCUCUUGAUGUCAUGACGCGCCUCAUUUUGGAAAGAUCAUAUGAAGCCAUUGUUGAUGCUGGUCUAAACCCCAGUGACCUGCAGAAGACCAACACAACAGUAGUGACAAGUGCCAGCAUCAGUGAGUCAGAGAACACAUGGAUGUACGGUGACUUGCAGAGUGGUUUAGAGUUUCUGGGACACAGUCGUGCUAUGUUGGCCAAUAGGAUAUCGUUCUGGUUAAAUAUAAAUGCUUCCAGCUAUUCCUUAACAUCAAUGGAGACUGGUGGGCUUGAAGCCCUCACAGUAGCUUAUAAUACAAUCAGAAGUGGCCGUUGUGAUGCAGCACUUAUAGGGUCAAUCAGCCUUGUGUUAUUGCCUGCAGGAUCAUACCAUUAUAAAGAACUUGGACUUCUCUCUCCAGAUGGGAAGACUAAAUCAUUUGAUGCAGCAGCUGACGGGUAUGCCCGGAGUGAUGGUGUGGCUGUAAUGCUGCUCCAGAAGGCAAAGUUUGCUAAGAGAAUAUAUGCAACAGUGGUGCACUCUGCAGUGGAGAUCUGUGGGGACAGAAUGACUCCCCUCAUUACACCAAUGCGAGAUCCUUUCAUCAACCUACUGGAGCGUUUCUAUGAAACAUGUGGUGUUGACCCUACAUCAGUACAAUUUCUGGAAGCUGAUGGGAGUGGAAAUAAGGCAUGGGAUGAAGAGGAACUAAAUGCAGUGGACAGAGUCUUCCUUUGUAACCGUUCUUCUCCUCUACUCAUUGGUUCAGUCAAGUCCAAUCUGGGACAUGCAAAUGCAGCAUCCAACUUUUUUUCAAUUGCCAAGGUGCUUAUAGCCAUGCAGACGGGUCAGAUCCCACCCAACAUCCAUUACAAGCAGCCCUCGCCCAACAUACCAGCGCUUAUCAAGAAGAGACUGAAGGUUGUAACAGAGGCAGCACCAUGGGAUGGUGGGUUGGUAGGAGUUAAUGCAGUUGGUAUGACUGGAAUAUAUGGACAUUUGCUGCUCAAAUCCUAUGAUCGUUACACUCCAAAGAAGAAACACAAUGAGGAAAUCCCAAGGCUUGUGAUUGUGUCUGGGAGGACACAUGAGGGAAUGGAAGACCUGCUUUGUAAACUGGAAUCAAUGACAUUUGAUGUGGAAUUUAUCAGACUGAUGCAUGAUGUCCACUCAUCCAAUAUAAGCAACCAUAUAUUUCGUGGUUACACUAUCCUUCCAGUUGAUGAGAAGCCAUUCCAUGAGAUUCAGCUUGUAGAUAGUACAAAGCGUCCCAUCUGGUUUGUCUUCUCUGGGAUGGGCAGCCAGUGGUCAGGCAUGGGACGUGACCUCUUGGAGCUGCCAAUGUGUGCUAAGACCAUAGAGAAGUGUCACGCCAUUCUCAAAGAGAAAGGACUGGAUUUAAAACAUAUUAUUACAACUGACGAUCACUCUGUGUUUGACUGCAUUUUGCACUGCUUUGUUGGCAUUGCAGCAAUUCAGUUGGCACUAGUGGAUGCCCUUACAGCUCUAGGGGUUGUGCCUGAUGGAAUGGUUGGUCACUCAGUGGGAGAGUUGGGCUGUGCAUAUGCAGAUGGAUGCUUUACUCUGGAGGAAAUGUUGCUUGCAGCAUACUACCGUGGCAUGGCUUCUAUAGAAUCUAGUCUCAUCACAGGAUACAUGGCUGCAAUUGGUUUGGGGUACAAGGAGGUGAAGGACAUGUUGCCUCCAGAGAUUGAUGUAGCAUGUCACAACAGUGAGCACAGCAGCACAAUUUCUGGACCUGUGGAACCUGUAAAAAGAUUUGUGGCCCAGCUUAAAGAGCAAGGAGUUUUUGCUCGAGUAGUCAAUGUUGCUAACAUAGCAUAUCACAGUCGCUACAUCCAACCUGCUGCACCUGCGCUAUUUAAAACCCUCAAGAAGCUUAUUCCAAAUCCAAAACCACGAUCAGUCCGCUGGAUAUCCACAUCUGUGCCAGAGGAAUGCUGGGAUACACAUCAAGCCAAAUACUGUUCAGCAGAUUAUCACACUAACAAUCUCCUGCAUCCUGUAUUAUUUGAGGAGGCCAGCAGGCAUAUUCCAAGGAAUGCCAUUGUCAUUGAAGUGGCACCACAUGGUCUCCUACAGGCAAUCCUGCGUCGCUCCCUGAGUCCUAAGUGCACAAAUAUUGCCCUGACACAGCGUGCACAUCCUCAGGGACUCCAUUUCCUGCUCUCAGCUAUUGGCAGAAUCUACAUGGCAGGAGCUCUACCUAAAGUGUCCAAAUUGUAUCCUUCAGUGCAGUUCCCAGUAAGCAGAGGAACUCCAUCUAUAUCCCCACUUGUCAGCUGGAACCACACAGAAGACUGGCAUAUUUUGGAUGAUGUCACUGUUGUGGACUCCAUAUCUGGUGAGAACGAUGUGACUGUGAGCCUGAGUCAUGCAGAGGACCGAGUGUAUGCUGGAAAUACCAUUAAUGGGCGAAUCCUGUACCCAACCUUUGCGUAUCUGAAAGUUGUAUGGGAGAUUCUGGCUCUGUUGCAGCGCACAUCAUACACAAAGUUACCUGUUGUGUUUGAAAAUGUCAGAAUUCUUCAACAUUUGGAAAUCCCUGAGCAUGGUGCACUCAGCUUCUAUGUAAUGGUUCAGCAAGGAAGCGGUGAAUUUGAGGUUAGCAAGGAAAACAUACUUAUUGCAACUGGGAGAGUCAGGGGGCUCAAGAACAUCAGAAAUGAGUAUGUUAGAAUGAUUCCAGCACUGGAUGGAAAUGGGAGCAUCACUGUGAACAUGGAGGAAGUGUACGGAGAGCUGGAGAAAAGAGGCUACCAAUAUAAAGGCCUCUUUCGAGGAAUUCUGGAGGCCAGACUUUCCAGCCAGGGCUCCGUGGCUAAAGUACAAUGGUCAGACAACUGGGUUGCGUUUGGGGAGUCAAUUCUGCAACUAGUGAUGCUGCAGUCUGAAGAACAUAGUCAGAACCUAUGCCUGCCUGUGGCUUUGCAGAAGAUUGUCAUCAACCCAUUGGAGCACCAAACUGAAACUCAGGAGUUUGAAGCAGUGUUUCACCUUUCUAUGGGUGUGGUGCGCUGUGGUGGCUUGGAAGUGCGGCAUGUGAAAACAACCUGUCUGGAGCUAUCAUCCAUCUCUCAGCGGAAUACCAAAUUAGAGACAGUAAAGUUUCUACAGCACAUCAACCCAGAUAUUAAGAACAUACAUAAUUUUGUGGAGAUGUGUCUGCAACUGGCAAUGGAGAACUGCUACCAACCAAAUAGAAAUAACAACAUGACAGUAAUUGAGCUAACCAACCAUCAGAAUCUGGAAACGUUCACAUCUCUUCUAAAGAUGAUUCUGUCUUACUACCCACAGGUUGAUCUGAAAACAACUCCUGCUGAUGACCUUCAGCACAUCAAUACUGAAGAAAGAUCUUGCUGUUGUUUACUAGUGGUGACAAACAAGAAUGUUCUGAAAGACGCUUUGACGUUGCUGCAACGUGGAUUCCUGCUCUGCAGUAUGGAGGACAAAGAGAUGUGGCCCCAUGAUGGUAGUCUUGUUGCUGUAGCAGAGUAUUGUUAUACUGGAAGGAAAUUCAUACUGCUCAGAAAGUCAUAUGAACCAAACGAACAUACAGUCCAUGUGAUGCAUCCAUCUGGAGAAACUUCUUCAUGGCUGGAUCAGGUGAGAGUAGCUGGGCCUUGCAAGAGGCUGUAUCUUGUGGCAGAAGUUAGUUCACAUGGAAUAGGCAUGUUGCCAGCAUUCAUGAGACAGCUGGUGGCAGAUCCAGAGCUUACUCAUGUCAGAUGUUUCUUCCUAUCAGACAAGGCAGCUCCACCAUUUUCUCUGCACAAAAGUCUCUACAGCCAACAGUUGCUUCAGGAUCUUGUUACUAAUGUGUACCAUAAUGGAGACUGGGGUGGUUUCUACAGUGUUUCUCUAGAUUCUGCUUGCAUUCUAAGACCACAAACAGUUGACUCUCCUUUGUUGUCACUUCAGUGUAUUGAGGAUGUGCAAGUUCAGUGCCUGGGCCUCAAUCCAAAAGACUUAGAUUUCAAGCAGAGUAGUGAGACUGAUAAAAAUGGCACUUUGCUGGAGUUCUCAGGGACUUUGACAAAUGGGCAGCGAGUGAUGGGCGUUGCUCGCAUGUCUCAGUACAAUCCAAUAAAGGAGGAAUAUCUCACCUGGAAUGUUCCAAACAGCUGGAACCUGAAGCAGGCUGCUACAGUCCCAUUAGCUUACAGCACGGCUUAUUAUUCACUGGUUUUGGCAGCCAGAAUGCAGACAGGAGAGACGAUACUGGUGCAUACAGGUUCAAGCAACAUUGGGCAGGCUGCAAUAACUCUGGCUCUUCACUCUGAUUGUACUGUUUUCACUACAGUUGCCAACCAGGAACAGAGGGCAUUCAUCAAGUGUCGAUUCCCACAACUGCUGGACUGCCAUAUCUUGAAUCUAGAUCACUUCGAUAUUUCAUUGCUGAUGGAAACAAAGGGGAAAGGCUGUAAUGUGAUAUUGGACACUGUGAAUGGCCCUGACAUCUGUACAAGCAUCCACUGUCUUGCUGCACAUGGCCGCUUUGUGCAGCUUGUUCAAGCAGAUCUGACCAGGAACAAGAGCAUGGGAAUGGAGGCUUUUCUGAAGGACAUAACUGUUUUUGGAGUUGUAACAAACAACCUGUUUAAUAUGCCAUCUGAGUGGAAGGAAGCACUCCAUUUUGGGGUCCAAGAUGCAGUAAUGAGAGGAAUUGUGCAGCCCCUGGAGUGUGCAGUUUUCCCCAGAAAACAGUCACAGUUGGCAUUUAGGACCUUGUCAGAUGUUCAUCACAUGGGCAAGGUGUUACUUACAGUUUCUGCAGAUGAUAACGCCAAAACACAGCAGUUAAAAUUCAGAUGUGAUUCACAGAGCUCCUAUUUGGUGGCUGGUGGCAAGGCCGAAGAGUGUGUCGAUGUAGCAGAAUGGUUGGUAUUGCGUGGAGCAUGCAAUGUGGUGAUUGCACUAAACUGCAGGUCAGUGUCAAACCAGUUAACACGACGAAUUGGUCUGCUCCGAUCAUACCACAAUACUCAUUUGGUGCUGGUAUUUACUCCUGCUGCCACUACAAGCACCAGUGCUACCAACCUACUAGAAGCAGCAACUUCUGCAAUAGGAGGAAAAUUAGGAGCUAUCUUCAUAUUGCCUGCUGAAACAACAGAGCGAGAGAAUGGCAUCACAGUGUCAACAGUGUCACAUCUGGAUGCUGCAUCUCGUGGCAUCAAGACUCUGCGCCACUUUGUCUGUUUGCUAGCAGAGGGCAGUUGGAGCACGUGUGAAAUGAGGCAUCAUGCAGGGCUGCCAGCUCUUGCAGUUCACUGGCCUCACAGCAAGAGGAAAGGAUUCAGCUUGCGGCAGUCAAUGCAAGUCCUGGAUGCACUGCUCACAUCAGAGGAGAAGGCUGUAGUUGUUAUAGUGAAAGAGGAGAAGGAGACUGGUGGGAGCAAAGCAUACACAGCACCCUCCCUAGAUACAUUUUUGCCGGCCUCCAUAGAGGAACUGGCAGCACUUGGGGAAGACCUGGCAAUGUGUUCCUCAUGCUGUUUAAAGGAGCUAACAUCACUGAGUCCUGGAAAGGCUUUUGUCAAGGAAGUCCCUUCAGUGUUCAUCAUUCCAGGACUUCAGGGUCCUCCAUCUGAGGUGCUGAAACCACUAGCAAGGCAGAUAAUGUUCCCUACAUUCUGUGUCAGGUUAUCUCAUACCAGCAGUUCUUUGUCUGAGACUGCUGGAUUGUUGGCUAAGCAUAUUCGAGAAGCUCAAAAGAAGGGCCCAUACAAUUUGGUGGGUGUGUCAUGGGGUGGUGUCCUUACACUAGAAUUGGCCAGGAUAUUGGAAACAGAAGGAGUGGAGACUCGAGUGGUACUGCUAGAUGGAGCAUUGGAUAUGAUACGCAGCAUGGUGGACCUUCUCAACCAGGGAUCAGAAUUAGAGGCAAACCUCAUCUGUAGACUGUUGCAAAUAAGCAGCAUGAAGGUGCACGAGGAACUGAUGCAGCUACCAGACUGGUCAUCUCGACUGAAUCGUGCUUUGUUAGAACUACCAAGCAAGAUGAAAAGUAGAGAGAAGCAUCUUGGAAUUGCACUUACAGCUGUGGCAGACCAUAUAUCAUCUAUACUCCAGUUUCAACAUCCAGGAACUCUGCUGUCUGGAGAAGUGACCUUAGUACGACCUGCAGAUGAAAGUGAAGACAACUGUGGCCUCACUAAGUUUUUCAAGCAGACGGUCAAUAUGAAAAUGGUUGAAGGCAAUCAUAAAACAAUUAUCAGCAAUCGUGAAACAGGAAACAUCAUCAACAGAUUUGUUCUGUAGUAUGUGGAAGGAAAGAGGAUUGAACUCAGAUCACCUUCAAUCUUCAUCUCUCAGCACCAAUUACAUAAUCACAGGAAACAUAUUUCACUGUAUCCUAAUUACUUAUUAUAUUUCCUUUACUGCAAAUACAUGCAAGAAUUGUUGCCGCUGCAGUUUAUGUUAAAAUAAGAUACCUCUUUUGUGUUACAAAAACUUAUAUCUUGUUACAGUUUUUCAAGCAUACCCGUUAAUAUCAAGAUGGUUGAAGGCAAUCAUAAAGCAAUCAGCAAUUGUGAAACAGGAAACAUCAUCAACAGAUUUGUUCUGUAGUGUGUGGGAGCAAAGAGGAUUGAACUCAGAUCACCUUCAAUAUUCAUCUCUCAGCACCAAUUACAUAAUCACAGGAAACAUUUUUUGUUAUUAAUUGCAAUUAUUGUGAUCUUUCAAACAGAAAUUAAUGCAAUAAUAAAGUAUGCAGACCGUUGUAUCGCACCUGUGCACGC